AUGCGUCCCGCUUACGCGGGUCCAGGUUCAUCGACGGGAAGAUGGCAAGCAACACUCGAUCCAGGUUCAUUAUCUCCGAAUUCUGAUAACCCUGGUUACCGUGUAUCAUGGAGUCGUGAUUUUCCUAGAUCAAGUUUGACCUACACUCAAGAGCUGGCAAUUCAGAUGUUGCGUGAACAAGAACGACUAACGUCUGCAUCCAACAAUUCAACUACAAAAAAACAAUAA